AUGGGAAAUACACAGGCAAAUGAUAUCUAUAUUAAUGAACCACAUCCAUCCGAUCUAUGUGAUUCACGUUCAUUAAUUGGUACAUGGCGUGAUACAAAAUAUGGUUCAUGUAUGAGUUUUGAUUAUAUUUACAAUGGAAAAUCAAGUUAUCUUAUUGGUACAUCAUCAACAGGAGCUUAUGCACAAGUACGUUUAAAUGGUGCUAUUGUCGAUUUAGUUUUAAUGUUAGCUGAUGGUUGUUCGCUAUGUCAAUAUAAAGGUCUAUUAGAAAUAAAUAAUGAUGAUAAACAAACACAUACAAUACGAUGGAUUAAAAAAAAUAUUAAAAAUGGACAAUGGUAUACGACUAGUUCGUGGAUGAAAAUCUAA